AUGUGCCAUAAUAAAGGUAUGAAUAAUAAUUGUAAUUGUAAUGACUGCGACCCUUGCAAGAAGUGUUGUGAGCAACCUUGUGGCUGCCCAGAACAGAUUUUGAGCAUCACUCCAGUCCACGAUGAUACACCUGCUUGGUUAAGAUGGAACCUAGGUGGAAAGUCUAUCGAUUAUGAUUUUAAGCCAGUAGUUAAAUCUGCUGAAACAGAUACAUCUGUUCGUAUUGAUAAUACAAACAGAACUCUUGUUUAUAAUGCCGAGAAACAUAUUGAUAGCUUUUCUGCAAAAGAGCUAGGCAACAUUUUCCAUAUCGCUGAUAUUGGCGAUGUAGAUAUUACUGGUGUUACAGACAAUUCUCUCUUUGUUUAUAAGAAGAACUCUGACUGUGGUCAAGGAUGUGAAGGUAUCAAUAACUCUUGGAUCGCUUGGAACUCUGAAGAACAUUUAGAGAAUGGCUUACAGACUGUUAUGGGCUUCGAUGCACAAAACAGACCACAAGCUCUCAAGUAUCCAGUCUCAACCAACCAAUACUAUCAGUUAGAUUGUGAGAAGAUUGACGGUAAGCUAGUCAACGCUUAUAUCGAUGCUUCUCUUAAUGAAGAAAACCCUACAGAGUUGAAGAUUGAAACUACUUGGGGUGAUAGCAUAGUAGAUUUAACUGAUGCUAUCAAAGCUGGUGAAACAGUAACUACUUUAGAACUUGUACCAACAGAUGGAGAGAAACAAUCACUCCAAUUCUCUAGAGAAGAUGGAGAAGUAGAUUGUAUCAAUGGAGACGAUUUAUCAAGAAUUAUCUCUAUGACAAAGCUUAAAGAUGUAGACCAAGAAUUUAUGCCUACUGAUGGCGAUGUAUACAUCUUUGAAGCUAAAGAUAAUAAGUUCCACGCAUUUAAUCUUAAUGCAGCUUUAGAUGCUAUCGGAAGCUCAAUUGAGAACCUUAACAACGUAGUUAAUAAUAUCCAAACAUUAGCUAACCGUGUUACAAGCGUUGAACAGAAUAUCUCAAGUAUUAACCAGAAACUCACUCCACCAAACGGUGCUCCAGAAGAUGUGUCUGUUGCCUUUGGUAACAUUAACGCAUACGGAGAUAACACUGGUGCAGACCUAAAGACAUCUGGUAUCUAUACACACGACCCAGAUAAUAACGUAACUAACGAUUUAUUCUUUGAAUAA